GUAUAUGGGAGAAAUGAGCAUAGGUAAGACUUAUUCAUAUCCAUGUCUAUUUACUGGUUGGUUUAAAAUCAAACCCGUGCUAAAACCCAUAGGCAAAUAAGAUGACUCAAACCUGCAUCCAUUAUGAUUUUUACUCGUGAGCAUAUGGGUAAUCUAUACCCAUCGCCAUCCCUAUUUAAGAUGUCCUAAUUGUUGGUCAGCCGUCAUUAUAUUGUCCGGACGCGAUAACCAGGCCCCUGCUCCAAUAACAUAAUUGUGUCGCAGCAACUUCGUUGCAAAUUCCAUUGUUGACCUUGUAAUUAGCCGGAGGAGGAAUCAGAGCAUCAUCAUCAUAUACUCCACAUACAACCCAUGAUAACCCAGAGCUUAUCAAAUGGCACAGACAACAUCUCCUGGACUGCCCUGGCGAUCAAUCUUCCUACUUUUGCUGCCGGGACCUGUUGGCUGUGCCACCUCCCUCUCGUUCUUCUACAACUUCUCCAAUCCUAAAACCUUCAGCCAAGGCGGUGAUCUAUACUUCGAAGGCGAUGCAUACGCAGGUGGCAGCUCGGUCAUUCUGGCCAAGGAUCAGCUCACCGGAAACGUCAGGUCGAAAGCUGGCCGGGUGUCCUACAAUCACCCAGUAACUCUCUGGACCAAAGCCGCCGGCGACGUGACGGGCUUCUCCACCAGCUUUUCCUUCGUCAUCAAUGGCAGCAAUAGCCCGGCCGAAUCCGGGGGCGGGCUGGCCUUCUUCCUCGCUGCGUUCCCGUCGAGGAUGCCGCUCAAUUCGGAGGCCGGGUAUCUCGGUGUCUUCAACUCGACGACGACAGCCGGCCGGGAGCGUGUCGUAGCCGUGGAGCUGGACACCCACGGGGAUUUCGGUUGGGACACGACCAUGUCUCCGCACAUAGGCGUGGACCUGAACACCAUCUCCUCCGAGAAGGGUAAGUACAAGGUCGUCCAGAACCUCGCCGACGGCUUACCGAAGGUCUUGCAGGUAGAUUACAGCGACGUCACAAAAGAUCUCGUUAUCGCGCUGCGAGAUUUCACAAACGGCACAACUGUGGCCCUCAAGAUGAACGUUGACUUGGGGCGGUAUCUGCCGCAACAAGUUGCCAUGGGCCUCUCUGCAGCCACUGGCGGCUCAAGAGUGGAUCUCCACCAAGUGCUUUGGUGGUCUUUCAGCACCACCACGGCUACGGCGCAGGGCGAUCUGCCAAUACAAGCUCGUUAUGUUCUUGAAGCCCCUGCCAACUCCAGCGCCCCUCCUCUGGCCGGUCGGCGCAGUCUUAGAGGCAAAUCAAAUAUAAAAGUGGUGGUCGGUUCUGUCGUUAGUGCUGUCCUAUUUGCUGUGACUGCUCUAGUAGUUGCUUGCCUUUACUGUAUCAGUAAAAAGAGCAGAGCGGGAAUGGAGAUACCUUUUGCAAUGGAUGCUUUUGGAGCAACGAAUCAAGAUAUAGUUCUGGAGGAACUAGGUGGUGAACUAGGUGGUGAACUAAGUGGUGAACCAAGGUAUAGUUCAUACGACGAACUGUUAGACGUAACAGAUAACUUCUCAGAGGAACGAUUGCUCGGAGAUGUACGGUUUAGUUCCUUCUAUCUUGGGGGUUUUUCAAACUCAGACCGGUCUGUGGCUGUGAAAAAGCUGAAAAUAAAGUCAGAAGAAGCGUUGAGAAUGUACAUGGAACGUAUUAGAGUCUUAACCAAAUGCAGACAUGGGAACCUCGUCUGCCUCCUGGACUCGUGCAGAGAGGGCGACAAUCUUUACCUCGUCUACGAAUUCGUGGAAAAUGGCAGCCUCGCUGAGCACCUCUACAAUAAUACAUUAAGACUUCUUACAUGGCCAACGAGGUACAAGAUAGUGCUUGGCAUGGGCGUCGCCCUUGAGUACCUUCAUGGAGCCCAGCGACGCGAGCCAGUCCUGCACGGGAACAUCAAACCGAGCAACGUGAUGCUGGACGAGUCGUUCAACGCCAAGCUCGGUGAUUUCGGCCUGCCGCAGCAAAUCCACCAUGACCAAGGCUCAGCGAAACUCGCCGAGACCCAGGGAUACAUGGCUCCCGAGUUCCUGGCGACCGGGGAGGCAAGUAUUGAAUCCGAUGUUUACAGCUUCGGGGUCGUGCUACUUGAGAUCGCGUGCGGCCUGCCGCCACUUCUCCGUCAGCAAGACCAGAACGCUAGCCUCGUGGAACGCGUCGGGGAAAUGUAUCAGAAAGGCGCAAUUCUGGAGGCGGCUGAUGUACGUUUGAACGGCGAGUUCGACGAGGGGGAGAUGGAGCGUGUGCUGCUGGUUGGGCUCAUGUGCGCAGACCCUUCUCUCCUACCACGGCCAUCUAUUGGCCAAGCAAUGGGCGUCUUAACAUCUGAUCAGCCGGUGCCCGUACUGUUACCCAGGAUGGCAGUUCCACCGCAAGUCACACAUGUGAACGAGGCCAGAUCAGAAGGUCAUACGUUGCCGGAUACUUCGUCCCCCUAAUCGAUCUCGCAGUUGUAAUUUCGAUUUUGGUAGAUUGGCUGAUAUGAUUACAGUUAGCUUGGAUGGGGCGUGGGGAAACCACGAGACAUUCUUUUAGCACCCUUCCGUUGGCUCGUGUGAUCGUUGAUGAAUAAUCAAUUAGACAUUAUUCCCUCCGUUCCCUAAAGGAUGACAUUUUGAGUUUUUA